CUAAUCAGUGAGAAGUGUCCCUGGCUGGCUCUCCUCACUGUUUCUGGGUCAGUCCUCAGCCCUUAGAGAGGGCCCCAUCUGAAAGAACCAGAGCGAGAGAGGGUAGGAGGAGAGUGAAUGAGAAAGAGAGAGAGGCAGAGGUAUUUAUAGAAAAAUGGGGCUUCGCGCUACCUUUUCUCGCGAAAUAAUCAUUAGAGGACAAAGUGUCCCAGUUUUUGUAUGGGCGCUCUGCGAUAGCAGCUAGCUAGGGCUGUGGGCCGGCAGAUUUUACCAGCGAUGGGGAGCCUGACUUACAGACCGUCUCCUCUCUCUCCCAGCCUCCUUCUCCUCUUUUGCCCCAUAUCUCUGGUUCUUUGAUCCGUGAAAGGGAGACAUCAGCAUACUUGUACGCUGAUGUGACCUCCUGAGAGGGUUCGGGUUGUAGGUCUUGGUGGGGGUGCUGGAGCUGGGUACAGGAGCCAGAGAGAGGGUAAGGGUGUAACUGGGCACCAGAGACGGGGACUUUGGGCUGUUGACUGGACGUGUCCUCGCAAACCUUGACAUCUCAGUAGACACCACCAGUGUCAAGAUGAGGCGCUUUCUGAGCCGCAAAGGCCGCUUCUCGCUGCGCCAGAGCAAGUCUGGACCUCGCGGUGCCUCCAAAGAUUUCUUUGAUGUUCCACUCUCGAACCCUCCAAGCGGGGCGUUAUACUAUGGAGAUGAUGCUUUCCGUCAACAAAUGGGCUGUCCUCCAAUGAAUAAUCCAAUGAAUAUCAACCUGACCCUCCCGGCUACCAAUCAGAACUGGCCGGAGGAGUUUGGGUUCACUCUGGGGGGCGCGGGCCCCAGCUACAUCCUGUCUGUGAUUGAGGGCAGCAGUGCCUACCUGGCGGGCCUGCAGCCUGGGGACCAAGUGGUGGACAUCGAGGGCCAGGAGGUGUCCUCUCUCAGCACCCAGGCCCUGGUGGCUCUGGCACAGACUCUGAAGACUGUACCCCCCAGCAUCGGAGUGGUGUCACGCAUAGAACAGAUGGACAUCAACCCAGGCCCUGACGGCCGUUUUGGCUUCACCAUCGUGGGAGACUGCCCCCUCUUGGUGGAUGACUGCCUGCCCAACUCCCCGGCGGGCCGCAGCGGCCUCCGGGCCGGCGACUACGUCAUAGAGGUCAACGGGAUCCCCGUCAAGCAUCACGAAACGGCGGCGGCCAUGAUCAAGGUGGCACAGGGGCGCCCACUGCGUCUGGGUGUGCUCAGUAUGAGACGGAGGAUCAAGCGCCUCAGCCACAGUAUGAGGGAGGUGUCACUGAGCGGGGAUAGUGUCAGGCAGGACCGUGCACACAAGGCCCUGGAGUUUAACAAGAAGGUGGAGGAGGUGCUUGGUGAUGAGCCAGAUAUAAAGGAACAGCUGUUUGGUGUUCUGAAGCAGUACGCAGCCGAGCGGAACGUGGAGAACCUAGCUGAAGCCCUCCCAGACAUCUUAAUCAAUGAGGACCAUCAGCAGCUGAUUGACAGCGUCAGAAUCUUCAUCCCCAAAAAGCACCGGGAGCGCUUCGAUGACGUUGUGUCCCAGAGCCUGAUGGGCCGGCUCAAAGGGCGGAGCUUCAGCGACCCCAGCCGCAACCGCCUGCGCCGAAGCCGCAGCGAGGACCACCCGGAGCGCCUGCUGGUGUCCACCCGGGCCAGCUCUGUCCCCCGAACGCAUGCCGAGGAGGGCGUGAUGCCCCCCAUCCGUGGCCUAAGGAAGACCACCUCACUCACCGCAGGACACGCUGGCAACGCUGCAGCCCUUCGCAGGACGGUGAGAGUCUGCAAAGGGAACCUAAGUUUUGGAUUCACCCUCAGGGGCCAUGCACCUGUCUGGAUCGACUCAGUCAUCCCAGGGAGUCCAGCUGAUAAGGCGGGGCUCAAACCUGGAGACCGUAUCUUGUUCCUCAACGGACUUGACAUGCGGAGUUGUUCCCAUGAGAAGGUCGUCUCCAUGCUACAAGGCAGCGGUGCCAUGCCCACCCUGGUCGUGGAGGAAGGCCCCCCCACCUUCACGCUAGCCGAGCCAGAGCAGCCAGGAGGGCCAGGUAGGGCGUCCCCGGGUGGAGGCGUGCCCCGCUCCCCAGUGCUCAACUCCCUGCAGUGGGUGGCUGAGAUCCUGCCUUCCUCUAUCAGGGUCCAGGGGCGCACCUUCGGACAGCAGCUGGAGCACCUGCUCACCAUCCAGGAGAGAUACACCAUCUGCAAGGCCCUGGAGAGCUUCUUCCAGCAUAGGAAUGUUGACACUCUGAUUGUGGACGUGUUCCCGGUGUUGGACACGCCAGCCAAGCAGGUGAUCUGGCGGUUUGUCUACCAGCUUCUGACCUACGAAGAGCAGGAGCACUGCCAGAGCAAGAUAUCACGUUUCCUCGGUUACAAGGCUGCAGCGCCAGCCCCCCCACCUGAGCCAGAGCCCGCCCCCGAGCCCCAUCGCCGUAGCAGCUCCAUGAGAGUGACAGGAACCGCCUACAGGGCCAGCAUGCGUGGGCGGAGCUCUGACGACCUCAUCAUCGGCACUCACCUGGGGAUGGGGAUCCGUACUGAUACAGUGGAGAUGGGGAUGAGGCUGGCUCCAGGAGAGAGACAGUCAGGAGACGGGACGUCCCUCCCAGAGACCCCCAACAACCUCACCAACCUGUCUGCGGUGUAUGCUGAGCUGGAGAACGUGUACUCAGGGAAGAGGUCCAAGUCUCUGAAGGCUCGCGCUCCUCCUCCGGCGGACAGUCUGGUAGAGCUGGAGGUCCUCGAACACGCAGGGUCUCCGUCCAUGCACGCUAACACAGGUAGCCGUAAGGGCCCCCCACCACCUCCCUCCGCCUGGCAGGAGCCCCUCCCUAGCCCCCCCGCCCCGGUCCAGUUCUACCCCCCAGGUCUCACCUCCCAGACCAGUGCCGAGUCCAACCCUUACAUCAGCCUAGACAGCCCCCCUCCCUCGCCUCCUGACUACCCCGCCAGCCCACCCUCCCACGCCCGUCUCAAUAAGAGGCGCUACACGUUCUCUCAUCCGCCGCGCUCCUCUGAUACAGACCGGUUCCUGGACGCACUGAGUGAACAGCUGGGUCAGAGGGUCGCCAUUGUAGACGACUUCCUGUCACCCGAAAACGACUACGAGGAGGAUGUUGUCCAGAUGAGCUUCCCAGAUGAUGAGGAUGAGGAUGAGGAGGUGGAGGUGGAUGAUGAAGAUGGAAAUGGGGGUUUCAUAAUACCCCCUGAGCUGAGCAGCCCCAGUGAGUGCCAGGGCAGCAGCGGAGAGGACGCCUCCUCCCUCACCUAUUCCUCCUCCUCAGAACACAUACCCCCUCCCCCCAUGACUCCCCCGCCACCUCCGCCCAUCCAAUUCAAUGAUCCUCCUCUACCCCCAAGCUAUACCGCCACCCCUGAACAGUCUCCCAGAAUACAACUGCCUUUCCGCCGCCACCACGGGCCACCUCCGCCCCCUCCUCCUCGCUCCAACCCACCGCCCAAACGCCAGUCCAUUCACAAGGUGCUUCCCACCCGGGAGGACCUGCUAGCCCACGCUGCAAUGCAGGAACAAAAUGCGUACCAGGAGCAACAAGCUUACCAGGAACAACAAGCUUACCAGGACCAACAAGCGUUUCAGGACCAACAAGCUUACCAGGACCAACAAGUACAACAAGCGUACCAGGAGCGACAACUGUACCAGGAGCAACGAGCAUUCCAGAAGCAACAAGCGUUUCAGGAACAAAAAACUUACCAGGAGCAACAAGCACAACAAGCGUAUCAGGAACAACAAGCAUUCCAUGAGCAACAAGCUUACCAGGAGCAACAAGCUUACCAGGAGCGACAAGCUUACCAGGAGCAACAAGCACAUCAAGAACAACAAGCGUUACAGAAGCAUCAAUCAUACCAGGAGCAACAAGCGUACCAGGAGCAAAAUAUUUACCAGGGGCACCAGUCACUUCCUGCCCAGUCCUCGCACAAAGCACACCCCCUGCAGCAGCUUCACCAGUCCCUGCCCCCCCUCCCCUCUCCAGAGGCAGCCCACACCCAUCCAGACCUCCCAAACCACCCAGACCCCUCACUCUACCAGAUGCACCAAGCUCAACAACAGACUCGUCGUCAGAGCCGUCGUCAGACUCACUCAGCCACAUCACCUCACAAUCCCCCAGCCCAUUCCCCUGGCCAUCCAGAUCAACAGAGUCAGUACUCGGAGGCAAUCUAUCAGAGUAUUCAUACACAGUCACAUCACUCAUCCAUGGAGCUCCUUCACCAAGCUCAGCAGGCCCAGCAGCACCACUCCUCUAUGGAGCUCCUUAACCAAGCUCAGCAGGUCCAGCAGCACCACUCCUCCAUGGAACUCCUUCACCAAGCUCAUCAGGUCCAGCAGCACCACUCCUCCAUGGAAUUCCUUCAUCAAGCUCAACAAGUCCAGCAGCACCACUCCUCCAUGGAGCUCCUUCACCAAGCUCAUCGGGUCCAGCAGCACCACUCCUCCAUGGAACUUCUUCACCAACCUCACCACUCGUCCACAGAGCUCCUUCACCAAGCUCAUCAGAUCCAGCAGCAGCUCUCAUCCACGGAGCUCCUUCACCAAGCUCAUCAGAUCCACCAAGAUCAGCCUGCUUCACUACCCGUACAACUGGAUCAGGAGAUCCACCAGUCUCUUCAGAGCCAUCAGACUCACCCAUCUUCCCAGGACAGCCACCAGGGUCAACAGACUCGUCAAUCUCUCAAGUCUCAUCGCACUCACCAGCCAUCCCCCCAGCGUCCCCACUCCAUCCAGCAGACUUACCACCACACUCCCCAGAUCCAGCACAUCCACCACCAGGUCCCUCCCCAGCCCACUCAGCCAGAGCUCCACCAGAUCCACCUAAUCCACCAGCCCACCCAGCAGCGCCACCACCCCCAGCCCACCUUGUCCACCUUCCAGCCUCUUCCACCCCACCAGCCCACCCUGUCCACCUUCCAGCCACUGCCCCAACACCAACCCCACCAACCCCACCAGGUCCACCCCUCCAACCAGGGUCGUCCUCAGUCCCAGCCUUCCCAACGGCUAUUCAGUCAAUCCCAGUCUCAACACCACUCCCACUCCCACCACCAGCCCCAACCUCAGCCCAAGCAGCAUUCCCAGUCCCAGAAUAACUUGGACCAGUUGGGGAAACAGGAGCCCCCUCCUCCUCCGCCCCUGCCCCCUCCUGGAACCCCUCCUCCACUGCCUCGCCCAGGCCUUCCGAGGAUGGACUCCAAUCAUAUGAGUGUAAAGAGGCUGCGCUGGGAACAGGUGGAGAACUCUGAGGGCACCAUCUGGGGACAGCUGGGGGAGGACUCGGAUUAUGACAAACUGAAUGACAUGGUGAAGUAUCUGGAUCUGGAACUGCACUUUGGGACACAAAAGAACCCCAUUUCUCUUCCAGACCCAGCCCUUCAAUCGGAGACCUUCAAGAAGAAAGACAUAGUUGAGAUUCUGUCCCAUAAGAAGGCCUACAACGCAUCCAUCCUGAUUGCCCACUUGAAGCUGUCCCCGGGCGAACUACGCCAGGUGCUGAUGACCAUGGCCACAGAGCGGCUGGAGCCGACCCACAUCAAGCAGCUGCUGCUGUACGCCCCCGACGCAGAGGAGGUCAAGCAGUAUGAACAGUUCAGCGAGGACCCAGCCAAACUCAGCGAGCCUGACCAGUUUGUACUACAGAUGCUGUCAGUACCAGAGUACAAGACUCGUCUGAGAAGCCUCCACUUCAAAAGCACCCUGCAGGAGAAGACAGAGGAGAUGAGGGGGGGCUACGACUGCAUCUUCAACGCCUCCAUGGAGCUCAAGACCAGCAAGAAACUGGCCAAGAUACUGGAGUUUGUGCUGGCGAUGGGGAACUAUCUGAACAACGGUCAGCCUAAGACCGGCAACAAAACCACCGGGUUUAAGAUCAACUUCCUCACUGAGCUCGGCACCACAAAAACAGUGGAUGGGAAAUCUACGUUUCUGCACAUCCUCGUCAAGUCACUGUGUCUUCACUUUCCCAACGUCCUGGAUUUUGCCAAGGACCUCACCACGGUUCCCCUGGCAGCCAAAGUGAACCAGAGGACCAUCACAUCUGACCUGAAUGACCUUCACACCACUAUCCAGGACAUCCGAUCUGCCUGCCAGAAAAUGCCUGCUACAGCAGACGACCGCUUCACUGCAGUCAUGAGUGGCUUCCUGGAGAACAUCCACCCAGCACUACAGUCUCUGGAGUCCCUGCAGCAGAGGGCCAUGGAGGAGUGGUCCAAGACAGCCUCCUUCUUCGGAGAGGACAGCCAAGCCACCAACACAGAGGCGUUCUUUGGGAUAUUCACUGAGUUCCUCGCCAAGUUUGAGAGAGCUCUUAGUGAGAACCAGGCCAAUGAGAACCCUCCUAGGAGUCCCAGGAGCCCAAGAAUGGCCUCACCCCUGGCCUGGUGAACAGAGAGACAGGAAGAAGGGUUGGCAGGCAGGCAGACAGGCAGACAGGCAGGCAGACACACACACACACUCUCUAUCUCUCUCUCACACACACGGACAGGAGCGCAUGCGAAAAUCCACAUACAUGCACAAACACACACACACAAACACACACACACACACUCAUAGUAUUUCAAUUUUUGUAAUUCAAGAUAUUUAUAUUGUGGGAAUUAGGUUGUCUGCAGAGUUGAGCAUACAGGGCUUUAAUACGUGACAGUGUAGUUUGAAUGUCCAGCUAGUUUAACACCUCAAACUUUAUAUAUUUCAUGGCUAUAGAGUGUUCCUCUGGAACAGACAAAUUAAGCUAUACUGGAUCAAUGGUUUUGCUUUUUAUAUAUUUGUAAAUAAAAAUGUUAUACCAUUUAUAUAAAUGCAAAGAUUCAUGAAAUGGAAUAGGAAAGAGACUGACAUCAGUAACUAUUUGAACCCAGCUGUCUGAUAUACUGUAUAUGAAUGUAUGAUACAAUUAUAGGCUAGAAAGAUUAAGUCUACAGAACAUGAUCAGCAAUGGUAAACAGAAUACUGGAUCGUUUUGAGAGACAUACAGAUUUAAACUAUUAUUGCUAAAACAUGUAUUUGAUACUUCAGCAGUUAAAAGAGAUGACUGAAUGUCUGUGUCAAUGUGUCUGAUUUGAGAAUUAAAUGUGUAUUAUAUAUUGUAACUUUUAAAUAUAACUGUAAUGAUAUAUGUAAUACAGGAUAUACAUAUUUAUGUAGUCAACUAUGAAAUGCUUUACAAUAAUUUCAUUUUUUUAAAUGAUUUACCUGUUCCAUAUUUUUGUGAGCCACCCACCACACUGAAUGUAUUUACAAGUUAUUCCUUUUGAAUGAAGUGUGUCUUGUACGAUAUCCAGUGGAUACUCAUUACUACUAAAGAAAAGGAAUGUUAUGAAAAUGAAAACAAAGAUGGAUGUACAUGUGUGCUGUUAACCAUGUGUUCCUCUCUGUCUCUGAUUGUGUUGAUAGUGACAUGCUGUUAAAGGGGCAGUGUUCUAUUAUGAACAGUAGGAGGAUUUGUUACAUUUUCAUGGUCAUUUCUGCAUACUGCACCUUCACUUUAACCUCUACAAUACAAUGAGGGGACAGACUGCUUUCUAGAAGCACAUUACUUAAAGGGAUAGUUUACCCAAAUUAGAAAAUUGACAUUUUGGUUUCCUUACCCUGUAAGCAGUCUAUGGACAAGGUACGACGGCAAUCCAUGCUUUGGUUACAUUUCUCUGACACUAUUUCCACAUUCUAAUGUUUUAGCAUUUGUGGCUCAAAUCACAUUCAAGUCAUGCGACCGAUAUUAGCAUUUUUCAUGCAUCAUGUUCAAAUAAUCCAAAAGUAUCUUACAUUGAUUGUGAAGCUCAACAAAGUCACUUAUACAGUAGAUGAUAUGAACAUGAUGCGUGAAAAUGAUAAUAUCAGUCCUGUGACUUGAAUGGGAUUUAUGCCACAAAUGCUCAAAUGUUAGUAGUGUCAGGGGAACUAAACCAAAGCAUGGAUUGCUGUCAUACUUUGCCCAUAGACUGCUUACAGGGUAAGGAAACCAAUAUGUCAUUUUGUAAUAUGGCUGAACUAUCCCUUAAACAGUAAAUCUAUGGACUUUAAUGACAUAGGAUGUUAAUACUUAACUUCAUCAAACCAUGUUUUAACAUAUCUUUGUCAUCUGAUACGGACUACUUAUGGACUGAUUGUGUAACUGACACAUGGAUGUUCUCAACCUAAACAUGGAGGACAUUUUACAUAUUCAAUUAAAGCAACACUGGCCUCCAGCUUUUCAGACGUUCGUUACAUGAGAGAAAUAGUAAAUUUUUUAGAAUACAACUAAUGUGGAUCAUUUUAAAUGAAUAAGAUAAGGCAAAUCUAAGAAGACGUGCUUAUAAUGUUAUUCAUAACAUGUCAAUAAGUUAUUGCCAUCGUUUGUUUUCUGACGGUCUGAUCUUAAUUUGUGACUCUGUCAUCUGGAUAGCUAUACAUAUUCAGCAAUGUGCUCUGGAAGUCGUUGCUCUCGGAUAAGUCUGUGUUUUGUAUUGUAACAGCCAACGCUGACAAAUAUGAAGCGUGCUAUAAGAACAUUACCCUGAAUUACUGUCUUUUUCCUAAAUACAGGGUUGGGUUCUGAUUUCUUGACUUAUGAAAUAUACUUAUUCAUUUCACUGAGGGAGAGGGUAAUUUAUAAUGUUUACAUUAUGUCAGGAUAUGUUAUUGUUAGCCAUCAGGGAUCCAAUGGGAGGAGGGAAGACACAGUCUGGUACGAGUCAACAUGACAGCCGUGAGUUGGGGAGGAGUGAGCACUUUGGGGCAAAGGUCAGGUCAGAUGAAGAAGUGAGGAAGAACAGAUAUCACUAAGGUUCUGUCUAGCAACAGAGAUGCAUUGGCUGUUCAGAUGUGUAGGACGGGACUCAGCAUAGGAGAAAGGGUUAAAUAUCAGUGCUUGUGUGAAUAUGUUUGUCUGUUCAGCUGUUCGAUCCUUUGGGAAGAAUAAACUUGGUUUAAGCUUU